AUGACGGAGAUAUUGCAAUUUCAGAAGGGCUUCUCCCUCAAGAGGCUGGAGGUGCUCCUUGCAAUAGCCUUGUAUUUCUUGAUGCAGCAGCUCCGUCAUUCAUGUGGGCCUCAUCCAGACAUCGUCUGCACCCUCCUUAAUCCUGUUGCCAAACCAAGCUGGGUCCUCCCCCCAACUCCUCCUCCUCCUCCUCCUCCUCCUCCCUCCACAGUUUCUUCCUCCCUCCUCACCAUUCCUCCGAUUCCUUGCAAAACCAUCGACCUGCAAGAGGAGAGACCUGAGCAAACUCUCUCACCAUCAAUUAUGAAGCAUCGGUUCCUGUGCACCCAGCCGGCAUCAACACACCAAGCCUUGCUUUACGCCUCCUCCUCCUCCUCCUCCUCCAAACCACCACCACCACACCCUCCCCCUUUUCUCCUUCUCCUCCCUUCCUUCUGCCCUCCAUCUUACCACUGUUAUUCUCUCGAUUAUCGUCACAUUCUUCUUUAUCGUCAUUACUGA